CGCAGGCGCCAUCUUGGGGAUGCCGUGAGGGAGUCAGCGUUGGGGUCAGGUAGAGGGAAAAGGAGAGGCUGGGAAAUUGAGGCGCUUGGCACCCUGGGGGGUUGGAGCGGCGGAUUGGAGGCACGGGAGCGUCUGUGGUUUCCCCGAGGGUCAGAGGGAGAAAGUGAAACCACUCACCGCGAUGGCAAGAGGGCAAACUACAGCACCAGUCACAUGGAGGGAGAAAAGGAAACCAAGACUCCAGACUCACUUUAUUAAAUGGAGGAUAAUAAUGAAGGCAACAGGAAGAAACAGGGAAAAGACCGAGGGGACUUUUGGGAGGUGGAGAGAGGAGAAAUGUCAGAGGGGAAACAAGGAGAGCGGGGAUAUGGAGAAAAAGGAGCAGCAGGGACAGGCAAUUUCAUUGGAAGAAACAGGGAACGUGGCGGGUAGAGGACCUGAAGGACAAUCGGGGUGAGAUCCUGAAGGAAGUGAGCAGGACCCAGCGCGGGCGGCGGGCAGGCAGGCGGCGGCCUCAGAGGGGAGACUGAGCAGUGGCGGCAGCCAGCGGCAGGGAGGCAGGCCCAGCCGGGGACUGGAGCUGGCGGAGGCUUCUCACAGGGGACCAGGAGUCUAUGGCCAGGCCCUCCCAGUGAGGCUGAGUGCCGGGAGCCCCUGGGACACCCCACCCUCCUCCGCCUUUCUCUUCCACCUGCUCCUCUCUAUUCUCCUUUCCCUCCUCCUCUCCCUCCCUCUCUCUCUCUCCACCUCAUUUGCCCCCUUCUCAGCCUCUCCGGGUCUCCCAGCUCUCCAUCCUCUCUAGCCCUCCACUCCGGGGCUCUUCCCCACCCCCAGCAUGCUUUUCCCGUGGGGGCUGAGGGCUUGAGGACUCAGGGGCCCUUGCCUCAACCAGGGCAGGGCCCAGGCUCCAGGGGGGAGGGGGGAAGGGGGCCGCCCCCUCCCCCAGCAGGCCCUCCCCUCCCCCACUUCUCCUGAUGGCCGGCUUCCUUUUCUCCACCCAAUCCUCGCCCCCUGUGGCCCCCCCAGGCCGGCCCGGCUAGGGGAGGGGGCGGGGGCCCUUUCCCGGGCCGGCUUCCCCCUCCCCCGGCUUUGCCUGUGCCCCCCUUCCGUUUUCACCUUCCUCUCCUCCUUUCCUCCCUCCUUCCCCUCCAUUUGCUCCUUCCCCCUCUCCUCUCUCCCCUUCUCUCCUCCAUUUUCUCCUUUCCCCUUCUUCCCUUCCCCGGCCCGCCCUCUCCUCUUCCACCUGUCCUUCCUCCCUGCUCCUGUGGAGCCACCGUUUUGGAUUAGUUGGGGGCCACCGCCAGCGGCGGGGGAGGGGGCCCUGUGGACUGCCCUCUCCCCCCGCCCAGCCCCACUGCCACCCAGCGCCGGAGCACCUCCCGCUGUCGGUCCUCGGGCCUCGAGGGAGCCCAGCCCUCCGUCCCACCAGGAUCCGUGGCGAGUGGGGGCCGCGGCAGCUGCGUCCCCAUGAGGAGGGGAGGAAGAUGCCGGCUGAGCUGCUGCUGCUGCUGAUUGUUGCCUUCGCCAGCCCCAGCUGCCAGGUGCUCUCAUCACUGCGCAUGGCUGCAAUCCUGGAUGAUCAGACAGUGUGUGGCCGUGGUGAGCGUCUGGCUUUGGCCCUGGCCCGGGAGCAAAUCAACGGGAUCAUCGAGGUCCCAGCCAAGGCCCGAGUGGAAGUAGACAUCUUUGAGCUGCAGCGGGACAGCCAGUACGAGACAACGGACACCAUGUGUCAGAUCCUGCCCAAAGGGGUCGUGUCUGUCCUGGGGCCCUCAUCCAGCCCAGCAUCUGCCUCCACCGUGAGCCAUAUCUGUGGGGAGAAGGAGGUCCCCCACAUCAAGGUGGGUCCCGAGGAGACACCCCGCCUUCAGUACCUUCGCUUCGCAUCUGUCAGCCUGUACCCCAGUAACGAGGACGUCAGCUUGGCGGUCUCCCGAAUCCUCAAGUCCUUCAACUACCCCUCGGCCAGCCUCAUCUGCGCCAAGGCUGAGUGCCUGCUGCGAUUGGAGGAACUGGUACGUGGCUUCCUCAUCUCCAAGGAGACACUGUCAGUGAGGAUGCUGGACGACAGCCGGGACCCCACACCGCUGCUCAAGGAGAUCCGUGAUGACAAGGUGUCCACCAUCAUCAUCGACGCCAACGCCUCCAUCUCCCACCUCAUCCUCCGAAAGGCCUCGGAACUGGGAAUGACCUCAGCAUUUUACAAGUACAUCCUCACCACCAUGGACUUCCCUAUCCUGCAUCUGGAUGGUAUCGUGGAGGACUCCUCCAACAUCCUGGGCUUCUCCAUGUUCAACACAUCCCACCCCUUCUACCCUGAGUUUGUCCGUAGCCUCAACAUGUCCUGGAGGGAGAACUGUGAAGCCAGCACAUACCCGGGCCCUGCGCUGUCAGCUGCCCUGAUGUUUGACGCUGUGCAUGUGGUGGUGAGUGCCGUCCGAGAGCUGAACCGCAGCCAGGAGAUUGGCGUGAAGCCUCUGGCCUGUACGUCGGCCAACAUUUGGCCCCACGGGACCAGCCUCAUGAACUACCUGCGAAUGGUAGAGUAUGAUGGGCUGACCGGGCGGGUCGAGUUCAACAGCAAAGGGCAGAGAACCAACUACACCCUGCGUAUCCUAGAGAAGUCCCGGCAGGGCCACCGUGAGAUUGGGGUGUGGUACUCUAACCGCACCCUAGCCAUGAACGCCACCACCCUGGACAUCAACCUGUCACAGACGUUGGCCAACAAGACCCUGGUGGUCACGACCAUCCUGGAGAACCCAUACGUCAUGCGCCGGCCCAACUUCCAGGCCCUGUCGGGGAACGAGCGCUUCGAGGGCUUCUGCGUGGACAUGCUGCGGGAGCUGGCUGAGCUGCUGCGCUUCCGCUACCGCCUGCGGUUGGUGGAGGACGGGCUGUACGGGGCACCUGAGCCCAAUGGUUCCUGGACAGGCAUGGUUGGCGAGCUCAUCAACCGGCAGAAGGCAGACCUGGCUGUGGCCGCCUUCACCAUCACAGCCGAGCGAGAGAAGGUCAUCGACUUUUCCAAGCCCUUCAUGACCCUGGGGAUCAGCAUCCUCUACCGAGUGCACAUGGGCCGCAAGCCCGGCUACUUCUCCUUCCUGGACCCCUUCUCCCCUGCCGUGUGGCUCUUCAUGCUUCUUGCCUACCUGGCUGUUAGCUGUGUCCUGUUUCUGGCCGCCAGGCUGAGCCCCUACGAGUGGUAUAACCCGCACCCGUGCCUGCGGGCGCGCCCCCACAUCCUGGAGAACCAGUACACGCUGGGCAACAGCCUGUGGUUUCCCGUGGGGGGAUUCAUGCAGCAGGGCUCGGAGAUCAUGCCCCGGGCACUGUCCACGCGCUGUGUCAGCGGAGUCUGGUGGGCCUUCACCUUGAUCAUCAUCUCCUCCUACACGGCCAACCUGGCCGCCUUCCUCACCGUGCAGCGCAUGGAGGUGCCUGUGGAGUCGGCUGAUGACCUGGCAGAUCAGACCAACAUCGAGUACGGCACCAUCCACGCUGGCUCCACCAUGACCUUCUUCCAGAAUUCACGGUACCAAACGUACCAGCGCAUGUGGAACUACAUGCAGUCAAAGCAGCCCAGCGUGUUCGUCAAGAGCACAGAAGAGGGCAUCGCCCGUGUCCUCAACUCCCGCUACGCCUUCCUGCUCGAGUCCACCAUGAACGAGUACCACCGGCGCCUCAAUUGCAACCUCACCCAGAUCGGGGGCCUCCUCGACACCAAGGGCUACGGCAUCGGCAUGCCGCUGGGCUCCCCGUUCCGAGAUGAGAUCACACUGGCCAUCCUGCAGCUUCAGGAGAACAACCGGCUGGAGAUCCUGAAGCGCAAGUGGUGGGAGGGGGGCCGGUGCCCCAAGGAGGAGGAUCAUCGAGCUAAAGGUUUGGGCAUGGAGAACAUUGGUGGCAUUUUUGUUGUGCUCAUCUGUGGCCUCAUCAUUGCUGUGUUUGUGGCGGUCAUGGAAUUCAUAUGGUCCACACGGAGGUCAGCGGAGUCCGAGGAGGUGUCGGUGUGCCAGGAGAUGCUGCAGGAGCUGCGCCACGCCGUGUCUUGCCGCAAGACGUCGCGUUCCCGCCGGCGCCGGCGCCCGGGCGGCCCGAGCCGAGCCCUGCUGUCGCUGCGCGCGGUCCGCGAGAUGCGCCUCAGCAACGGCAAGCUCUACUCGGCCGGCGCGGGCGGGGAUGCGGGCGGCGCGCACGGGGGCCCGCAGCGCCUCCUGGACGACCCGGGGCCCCCCAGCGGAGCCCGACCUGCCGCCCCCACCCCCUGCACCCACGUGCGUGUCUGCCAGGAGUGCCGGCGCAUCCAGGCGCUGCGGGCCUCGGGGGCCGGCGCGCCCCCACGUGGCCUGGGCGCCCCCGCCGAGGCCACUAGCCCACCCCGGCCGCGGCCUGGCCCCGCCGGCCCCCGGGAGCUGGUGGAGCACGAGUGACCACGGGCGGGGCCCUGCGGACGCCCAGACUGACCGCAGGGACUGGGCCCGCCCCAGGCCCCGGCCGUCCCGGCUCCUGCAGCGGGUGCGGGAGAGGACUUGUGCACCGGCGCUCCAGACGUCGCGAUUUUGCCUUGGGUUCCCGGUGAAGUCGGAGGCCCGGCUCUGGAGCCCGCCUGCGCCCCCCAGUGGACUCGCGAGAGGGUGCCGCAGGCGAGAAGGGCGCAGGAACCGAGGACUCCGGGGGCUGGGGACUUCUGGGACCGCGCCGGGAAGCGGAAAGCAGUCCGCGGGGAGGACCCCAUACUGGGACUGCUCAGGUUCCCCAAGACUUAACGCAGCCUCCCACGCUUCUGGAGGUGGGGAGGGCCUCUGGAUAGAUGGGUGUCCCCUGGUGCCCCUCCACUCUUCUCUUCCUCUCUUUUUUUUGGGGGGAGAAACCUCAGAAUUUCUAUGAGAUCCCCCCAGGGAGGGGGUCAGUUGGGCCCCCAUCCCUCCCUUUGCCACAUCUCAGACCCUGUUGGAAUAAAAAAAAGAACAAAACCCCAAAACUGGG